AUGCUUGACUUUGCGUUUGAUGAGGCAAGUUUGCUGCCGCUGCAACUACCGGAAGUGAAGGUUCCUCCUUCUGCGAAUGCGCUCGAGCAGGCUGCAACAGUUGCUGCAUUUGCUGCUGCUGCAGUUAUUACAUCUGCUGCUGCUGCUGCAUUGUCUGCUGCUGAGCUUAUCGUUGCUGCUGCGCUGGUUGAUGCUUUUGCUUUUGCUGCUGCAGAGGCUGCUGCUGCACACCGGGAUAUCUUUCUCUGGUUCUCGAGGGGGAGCGAGCCCCUGAGGUUUCAGCUCAGCAGCCAGAGGCCCCCUGCUGCUGCUGCUGCUGCUACUGCUGCUGCUGCUGCUGCUGGGGAAAAGGCUGCAACAGCUGACGAAGGGGAGGCAGCAGCAGCUGCAGCCGAUGCCGGCCAAGGUGCCGAAGACUCAGCUGCUGCUGCUGCCUCUGCUGCAGCAACUGCUGCUGCAACUGCUGCUGCACUUGCUGCUACUGCAGCAAGCGGCAGCAGCAAUGGCAGCGGCUCCUCAGGGGAUGCUUCAGAGACGCAGAGCCCAGAGGGAACAGUACCAGCAGCAGCAGCAGCAGCAACAGCAGCAGCAGCAGCAGCAACAGCAGCAGCAGCAGCAGCAGGGGAGGCGGACCCCUCUUCUGCUGCAGCAGUUUCUGAGGAGGACCCCGAGGAAGCAGCAGCAGCAGCAGCUGCUGCUGCUGCUGCUGUUGAAGCGCGUAAGACACGAGAGGUGUUGGAGGCGCUGCCGCUGCUGCAGACACUGGAGGGUUUGCUGCAGCGCCACAUGCAGCAGCUGGAGCGGCACCGGGAGCUUCUGCCGCCACGACAGAAGCGGCAGCUGCUGCUGCUGCUGCUGCUGCACCUCACACGGGUGCGGCCGCAGCUGAGGCCCGCGCUGCUGGACCCCCAGGUCUCCGUAGAAAGCAAAGAGAAGGUGUUGUCGCUGCUGCUGGUGGAGGUGCUGCUGCUGACGGGUGAGCAGCUGCAGCAGCAGAGCUCGCAGGUCAUGCAAGCAGCAGAAGAAGCAGGCAGCAGCUCCGUUGCUGCAGCAGCAGCAGAGGGAAUCAAGAUGGGGACGCGGCUGCUGCAGCUGCUGCACCGCCUGGGGUCCCGAGGAGCUGCUGCUCGUGGCGAUACAAACGUUGCUGCAGCUCGUCACGCGUUGCUGCAGUCAGUAACGCAUCUAUGGGAGCAGCAGCAGCAGCAGCAGCAGCAGCAGCCGCAUCACUCGCAGCAGCAGCAGCAGCAGCAGCAGCAGCAGAAGCAAGCAGCACACACGUUGCUGCAGGUGGUAUCACGGCUGGAGUCUCUGCCUGCAGCUUCGAGACCAGCCGCACCUGCUGCAGCAUUUGGGGGUGCAGCUGCUGCUGACGCAGCGGCAACCGGCGACGGAGGACGCUGCUGCUGCUGCUGCNAGCAUUUGGGGGUGCAGCUGCUGCUGACGCAGCGGCAACCGGCGACGGAGGACGCUGCUGCUGCUGCUGCUGCUGCUGCUGCUGCGCCCGGUGCAGCGAAGCCUGCAGCUUCUGCUGCGGGUGGCCAGCAGACGCCGGUAUCGCCCACACCGUCUCCUCAGCAGCAGCAGCAGCAGCAGCAGUCGGAUGCCUCGGUUGCUGCUGGGGCUCGUGCUGCUGAUUCAGCUCUGAAAGCGGGCGAGCAGCAGCAGCAGCAGCAGCAGCAGGCCAGCGGCAGCAAGAGCAGCCCUGCGGGGCCGCAGCAGAAGAAGACGUCGCGAAAGGGGCCAGCGGCAGCAAGAGCAGCCCUGCGGGGCCGCAGCAGAAGAAGACGUCGCGAAAGGGAGAAGAGACUGGAGCUGCUGCAGAACGGACAGCUCACGGGGGAGACAUUGCCCGAGCAGACAAGCUGCGUCGCCAAGUUUUGGCAUGCGCUCUCCAAAGACGGAAAGGAGGCCUGGGGGCGCCGGGCGGAGCAGCUCAACCGGCUUGCAGCGGGAGAGAGGGAUAGAGAAGACGAGAAGAAGCUGCAGCAGCAACAGCAGCAGCAGCAGCAGCAGCAGCAGCAGUCCAGCAAUGCUUCUUUAGGUUCGAGCAAUGGGGUGCACCCGACAGCGCAGCGGAGCGCCUCUCAGGGCUCUCCUCAGAAGCAGCAGCAGCAGCAGCAGCAGCAACAGCAGCAGCAACAGCAGCAGGGGGCUACGCCUGUUGGCAACGGCGGGCCCCACCCGAGUUCUCAUCAGGUUGCGCAGCAGACGCCAACACCGCAGAAGCAGCAGCAGCAUCAGCAGCAGCAGCAGCAGCAGCAGCAAGAGCAGCAGCAGCAGCAGCAGCAGCAGGGUUCUGUGAUGAAGAAGAGUCCUAUUGCUGCUCCUAAGAAAAGAAAAAGAGGGGGGGGGCCAGGAGAGAAAACAAACAGCCAAAGAGGAUACACUGCAUUUACUUUGUUUGCGAGAGAGACAAGAAUAAACUGUAAAGAAAUGGGCAUAGACUGUGGGGCCUCGCUCAGUGAACAAAAUACCUUCAUUGGAGACAGGUGGAGGCAGCUGUCGGCGGAGGAGAAGAGAAGCUUUCAGUCGCGGGCGCGGGAGGCCAACGAAGCGUGGAAGAAGCAGCAGCUGGAGCAGGAGCUGCAGCAGCAGCAGCAGCAGCAGCAGCAACAGCAGCAGCAGCAGCAGCAGCGGUCACAGCAGCAGACGCCACCAAACAGCUCCAAACAGAACGCACAUCUUCAUACCCCGCUGCCGCCGAGUAUACAGCAGCAGCAGCAGCAGCAGCAAGCCCAAGCGCAGAAGCAGCAGAAGCAGCAGCAGCCAGUUGCUGCACCGCAACAAGUCCAGGCAGCAAGGGGGCAGCCGCAGCAGCAGCACCGCCUACCGCCGCAGCAGCAACUGCAGCAGCAGCAGCUGCAGCACCAGCAGGCCUCGGCAGCCCUGCAGCAGACACCUCAGGCAAUGCCCCAGGCCUUCCGACAUGCCCAGCAGCAACAGCCGCAGCAGCAGCAGCAGCAGCAGCAGUGGCUGCUGCAGUCCGCGAGCUCCCCCACUGGACAGCAGCUGCUGCGCCUGGGCUGUGUGGUGGCCCUGCUGCAAUGA